GCUGGCGUGUAGUUGACUUUGUUUGUUUGUUUGUUGAUCGACUCUAUUUUUGCCCUCUUCAUCGUUCUGCGGCCGGCCGUCGAAAAGCGCAGCCUCCGCCGUAUUUUCUUCUCCGCACCGUCGUCCUUCGUUCGUCAGGGGGGUUUUGUUUUUCCCUCACUUCCGUUGUGUGGCCUCCCUCCGCAUUCGUGUGACAGCCGCGUCAUUGUCCUCCCCCUCCCUCUCUCGAUCUACUCCUGAUUGAUUGAUCUCGCUCCCCACACCCGCAUUUUCAAAAGGCAAAAAACAAAGAAAAAAAUAUUGAAGCCAUCCAUCCUCACUCCGCCGCCGUACGAUGGUUCUUUCGCUCAUCGGUUACCUCGACUCGCCGUUUGUGCAGCGCGUGCUGCUCGUCGCAGCCUACGCCGGCGUCCAGCUGAAGCUCGUCCCUAUCAUCCCCGACCAGGACAACGAGACGGAGGCGUAUCGGCUGAACUGUCACCCCAUGCAGCGCAUCCCGGUGAUGAAAACGGACGAGGGCUACCUAUUCGAAACGAACGCCAUCGUGCGCUAUCUGGCCCGCACCGAGGUGAUGCUCGUCUCGGGGAACGCCGGCGCGGACGGCGGGGUGAGCAACGAGAAGAUCCCGCACCCGCAGUACCCUAUUCCGUACGCCUUGUACGGCCACUCGCUGCUGGAGUCGACGGCGGUGGACAGCUGGUUGGACUUCGCGAUCACGCACAUCGACUACUACACCAAGCAGUUCUACCUGUGGGAGCAGAAGGUCGGUCCGCAGCCCGGUGCCGAGGUGAAGGAGAAGUUCUGGAAAGCCUUGGCGGGCCUGGAGCGCCGCCUCGCUUACUUGAAGGAAACGCGAAAGGCGAUGGUGCAGCAGUCCGGCUCGCUGACGACGCGCACCGCGAUGACCGACGAGGACUUCUUGUGGAAUGAGGAGGAGUACCGCACCAGUCGUGCCACACGCGACAACCGGCUCAGUGCCGUCUACAACGUCGCGGGCGCUAUUCGCCACCGCACCUCCGAGAAGGAGCGGCAGGAGCGGGAGAAGCAGCUCGAGAAUAUCAAGAAGACCACCGACGAGGCGCUCGGGGUCGCGGAGGGGGACAUCCGCACCUCGCGGCGUGUGUCAGCGGCGUGGGACAGCGCCGCCACGCCGCGCAUCAGCGGCAUCACGCCUCGGACGUCUGGAAUGAUGUCCGCGCGUGGCUCCGUCGUGGUUGGUGGGGCGGGGGGGCAGGUCGUGCAACGGCAGGAGUUGCUGUUUCUGGUGGGGGACUCGUUAACGGCGGCCGAUCUCGUGCUGGCGAUGGCGUUGCACGCGGCGCUGUCCAUGCCGCCGCUUCGGCAGGACAUAAUAUCGACGUUCCCUAACUCGUUCAAGUAUUACAAGAACGUGCUGACGCUGCCGGUAGCGGCGGAGGUGGGCAAGGCGAUCCACGUGAACGUUAUCAAAGCCUAA